AUGCCGGGGAAGAAGAAGAAGCUCAAGCUGGCUGGGAAAGCUCGAGCUGCGAGCUCCAAGAACCCUCCAAGCCGCAUUCAUGUAGAAGAGCGUCGUGCUAGAAAGCUGGAGCGUCGGAAGAAAGAGAAGAAGUCGUUGGCACAGAACUGGGCAGCUCCGGCACCGUCGCACCUCGUUGCCAAAUUGGAUCUGCCUAAGCUUAAGUCGAAGCAUCAGUCAUAUUUUGAGUUCGCCGACAAUCCCGAAAGAAAACAGAAGAAGCUCGAGUUUGAGAUCACGAAUAAGCCUCCACCACCUGGCUUCGCUUUCGUGCCCAUUGGAGAUCCGGUGUUGACCAAAGCAUGCAAAGAGCUUUCAAGAGAUAAAGAUGCUAUGAUAUUCAUCGUCUCGGGUCACAAGCAGGCUGAAGAGAACUCGAAAAUUGCCGAACACGUCCAUCGCACAGGAUACUACUUUCGUGAGACAAUUGUUGAGGAGGCCAAGGCAGUCGCUGGUGAAACGCUUAUUUCGAACUCGAAUAUCCCGCCCGGAACAGCAGAGCCAAUUCCUGAGCUUCAGGAGGAUAUAAAUAAGCAAGCAGAUGCGGCUAUACGAGAUCUUUUCCCGCGGAUACCCAAUCCUGAUCGAGUUAUGAUUAUCGAACAAUCAUUUCAAAAGGGCGCCCUGUUCCACGGUGAGCCAACUGUUGGACUCCAGCGCGACAUUCCGUUAUCUCGUCGGGUCCAACUCGCAGUUCUGGCUCAUAUUAGACAUACUCACACUAGAUACGAUAAACUCCUGCGAGAGACAUCCUGGAUGAAUGCAAGAAAGGCCGUUGAGCCGGUCUGCUUGGAUAUUCUCAUCAAAUGGCGUGGAGAUGAAGAGACUGGACGAGAUCAAAUGGACGAGAUCCUCCGCGAGGUCGUCAUUAUUACAGACUCCGAGGAUGACGGCAGCUCAGACGACGACAGUUCAGAGGAGGAAGGUGAAAUUACUUCAGCUAACUCUUCAGAAACAUCGUCUCCGCUGAGCUCCCAAGAUCAAUACAGAGUACCACUUCGCUCACCAAGAGAUCAGAGUACCUGUGCUACAGCUUUUAGUCUCGGGAGAACUAACUCAGACGCAAUAUCUUCUCGCACCAGGGCCAAAGAUACCAAGCAGAAGGAACAGCGCGGCUUCAAACGAUAUCAAGCAGCUUGGGAAGAUGCCUUGAACAGACGACAUGCCCUACGUAUCGACAAUAGAUCUCCAUAUGAUAUCGCUGACACUCGAAGACUACGAAUGAUGACCGCGCAACCAGCACCUUUACCCUAUCAUCCUACAGCGGAAGCUUCUCAAACUAAUCUUGCCUCCUCGCAGCAUUGGCCGCCUGGGUCACUUGGUGAGGUAAAUUUUUCUCACGCUCAACAGCCGGAUUGCUUCCAGGACUUUAAAUAUCCAAGCAGUUCCCGCACUGCUGGAUAUCAAUCUGCACCGCAUCCAUAUUGGACUGCAGGGAAUUCUCUACCCCAGAUAGUCGGUGAUCAACCGCCACAAGUUGUGACACGGUUGCCCCUAAAACAUGGCCUUCAAGACUUCCUUGUGCCUUCUAUUGAGGCGGCUUCGAGCGAUGUCUCGUCUCCCCGCAAAGAUGGGCGAAAUGGCCCUGGCGCCAAUGAUGGCUCUCGAGUGGUUGACCACAGAGCCCCGACACGUUCUCUCCGUCAAGUGAUUGUCAUCGAUGAUGACAGUCCUCAGGCAAAACGUCGUCGAUUGGUUCGGGAAGAUGAUGCUGGUAAUUCCAGGCACAUUCCACCUCUUGACUAUAUUGCCUACCCCUCAAAUUCUUAUCCUGAUGCUUUGACGUUGAAACCGAGAUCUUCUGUCCAAUCCGGUGCAUGGGAAUCCAGUUCCGUUUUUCGAAAUCUGAGAGCAUCGGCGCAGCCUACCCAAGGUAUGUCAAGGGAUACUCAGAGUUUCUAUACAGACCCAGCUACUGGAGAACAACUUCCCAUAUACGAUGCUCCAGAAUCUGGUCGUCUUGCAACGCAUCCAAAAUAUGUUGGAAGAACUGAUGGCGGAUCAUUUCCUCCUCGCAGAGAAGAUGAUUUUGAUAUGCGGCGAGUUGGUCAUAGCCGACCACCUUAUGAUCUCCAUCACCAAAGACCAGUAGACAUGCACAGUAGUAGUGACGUACCAGGUCCCAAUGUGCCGGGAGGUGUUCGUCAACCUGAACUUUACAACUCUAUAAACCAUGUGGCGUCGUCGUUCUCAGGAAUUUCUACAUCCUAUCAACCAUCUCGCUCGUAUGAACCGGGUCCUGUUUCGGUUGGGCCAAACCAGGCUUUCAUUCAAAGUUUUUCUCAAUCCAAUCUUGGUGGGUUCAGUUCAAAUGCAAGAUAUGGUCUCAAUGUCGCCCCUGUGAGGCCUCAGCAGAGAUCUAUUGGCCAAGGCAACUUUGAAAGCCAUCAGGAGAGUUCAGCGCGAGGAGCAUCUCCAGUCAGAUACAUGGAGAGACCAACGCAAUAUCGAGAACCACAGCAGCGGCCUGUUUACUCCCCUCUCUCCUCGGGCUUUCACGCUGCCGGAAUGGAUGAGCCAGAAGGCUACCCACCGGACAACCACCCAGGUUUCCUAGGAGAAGAGCCGAAAUAUCCUCGGACUAUCUCGGCAGGACGACAGAUAAUAUAUCUUGAGUGA